AUGAAUGGCCGAGCAAGUGAUCCGCUCCCACCUAGUCGUGAGGAGUCCUCCGCUGUCCUCCACGCCUCCCGACGCCAAUGGACCUCACUCCUCAUCCGUGCCCUUUCCGCUCAAAGCUUUCCUUCGUCUUGCCUCAAUCUCAGCAGCCUCCUCCACCAAACACCAGCUCUCCCAAGCCGCGCAAAAAUCGAAGAGCUAGUCAGUGACACCUCAAUAUAUCUCGAGGGAUUCUCGGUCUGGGGCCUUGACGCGCCUCAGUGUGAUCUCAGCGGAAAUAUCAAGAAAUCAGCACUGCAGAAAAUCAUUAUCGGAUCUGUUCGCUCAACCUUUUGCCACUUCUCAAACGAAUUACCUUCGGAGUGGUCGGGCAUUGAGGGAUGUCAUCGCACUAGCGGGAACGGAAACUACCUGUUCGCCUUUGUUUUGGGCUGGGCUUACGUGCUUUCCGCACGGCUGAUCGAGCUGCGAAAAGAGUCAGAGCAAGACCAUAUCAGCUACACUGAAGAGAAGGCUACGUGCGAUACCUCUGGGACUCUGAGCAAAAGCGACAGUGAAGUCUUCAUAUCUAUUGGCGAAGCAGAUGUUGGCGAGUGUCGAUGGUGGGCUGCCGUCCUAGCCAAAGGGUAUGGAUGGCGCGCUGCUCUCAAACGUUCUGGUCGAGACUUUUAUCCCAUGUGGUCAUGCCAUCUAGCGAGUGGCUCUCCGCGAAUCCAGAUCCGCCAUGGUCAACCGAGGAGCUCUUCGCCUACGGCUUCCCACCCUCCAGCCUCGGAACUGGCGCAGCACUAUCUCUACAAAUUCGCCAAACUUCAUAACGCACAUGACCAGCUCUUGGCCGCAUUUGUUGCUGCACUGACAAUACCCGAGCAAGGAAGAUUCGGUGCUCCCAUCACCCUCCCUUGGCCAGAGUCUACGCACACAAGCCGUCGGCACACCGGUAGUCCAAACGAUCAUUCACCAUUGCUCAGACUUUUGCCAGGCAAAGAAGACCUACCACAUUUCAUGGCAUACAGCUGUGUCCCAAAUACAGCAGCAUCUUGCAUGCUUGGAUGCCUUUGGGAACCCAGCGUGACUUGUAACCUUGCGGGUGAAUGGCUACUUCCACCUGUGGAAGAAAUUGUUCCAAGUCUGCUAAAGGAGCAGCGAUACGAUGUUAUCGUCCGCAUGAUGGCCCAUCGUCGGCCAAACUCUGCACCACUCUGGCUAGGGUCCACAAUCACCGGCCUACUGCCCAGGUUGUUUGAGAUUGCUGGGAAUUAUCUGCCGACAAUAUCGCUUGAAUCCACUCAAUGGACCCAGUCUCCCCAGUCAUUCAUGGAUCCUCAGUACCACGGGAAGGUGCAGUGUUUGGAGGACAGCGACGGUUGCAAGCUGAUUCGCCGCGAGGAAGAGUUUCGCCUGAUGUACCUAAUUGACAUUGAAUCGAGCCAAUAUGGACCACCACCAUUAUGUCCCUGGAAGCCUCUCGGGACAACGGCUCUCAAAAGUGCUACAAUCGAGGUUCAGAGUCACGCUCUUUGUGGACAUCUUGCAGCUUCUCACGGUGAGAAUUUGUCUCGGUUGGCUACUCGGAAUGUGUUCAACUGGACAUUGCGGGACGGAACCAAGCCUGAAGAAUCUGCAAUCUGGACCCAUGAAUGGCUCGAGGGCCUGAUCGAUACUCUGGAUGACGAGGACGACGAGGAUGACGAGGAUGAACUAUAUCAAUUCUCCUGCAAAGUGGAUUCCUCCUCAACCAUGAUCAACCUGAUCGCCAGUACAGGCGCCACGAGGAGGCCCACUAGGUUUAGUGGUUUGCUGCAUUGUUUCUGA